CGCGGGGAGCCUGUUCCCGGGCGCGGACCGGCUCGCCGCGGUUCUCGGCUGCUCGUGCGGCGCUGGUGCGGUGCUGGUGCGCCUCCAGCGCUCGCCGCGUGGAAGCGUGGACGAUGCCCCGCCGCGGCCAGCGCGCUGCCGCCGCGCUCCUGCUGCUGAUCCUGCAGGCGCAGCCCUCCAGCGCCGCCCCGCGCAACGGAUCCAAGUGGACCUACAUUGGUCCCAAUGGGGAGAAGAACUGGUCCAAGAAGUACCCAUCAUGUGGGGGCCUGCUGCAGUCUCCGAUAGACCUGCACAGUGAAAUCCUGCAGUAUGACGCCAGCCUCGGGCCCCUCGAGUUCCAGGGUUACAACGUAUCUUCUGGGGAACUGCUGAACCUGACCAAUAAUGGCCAUUCAGUGAGGCUGCACCUGCACCCAGACAUGCACAUCCGGGGCCUCGGCUCCCACCGAUACCGCGCCACACAGCUGCACCUGCACUGGGGGGACAGCAAGGAGCCCUUCGGUUCUGAGCACACCAUCAGUGGAAAGCACUUCGCAGCUGAGCUGCACAUUGUCCAUUAUAAUUCAGACCAGUACCCUAACAUCAGCGCCGCCAGUGAGCACUCAGGAGGCCUCGCCGUCCUAGCUGUCCUCCUCGAGAGGGGCUCCUUCAACCCGUCCUAUGACAAGAUCUUCAGUCACCUGAAACAUGUGAAGUACAAAGGUCAGCAAGUGCGCAUUCCAGGCUUCAAUAUCGAGGAGCUGCUUCCUGAGAAGCCUGCCGAGUACUACCGCUACGAGGGGUCCCUGACCACCCCGCCCUGCAACCCCACUGUGCUCUGGACGGUUUUCCGGAACACUGCACAAGUGUCCCCAGAGCAGCUGCUGGCUUUAGAGACCGCCCUGUACUGUACAGAUAUGGGUGACCCUUCCCCCGUGGAAAUGGUCAACAACUUCCGGCAAGUCCAAAAGUUUGAAGAGAGGCUGGUGUACAUCUCCUUCCGACAAGAACUGAGUAUGGGCAUCAUCCUGUCUGUGGUCCUGGCUGGUGUUCUCGGCAUCUGCAUUGUCCUGGGAGUGGCCAUCUGGCUCUUCAGAAGGAAGAAGAGUAGCAAAAAAGGUGAAAACAAGGGGGUCAUUUAUAAACCAGCCAUCAAGAAGGAAACCGAGACUUUCCCCUGAGGUCCAGGGACUCCCUGAGCCCUGUGGAAGCACCCAGCUUUGGACACCACACACCUUGGCUCCCUGGACUCUUGAAACUCCUCCAGGUGUUCUCUGGAGCUCAACCUGCAGACAUUUCACCCUGGGCCUGCCGGCCUCCCCCACCCACGUGCCACAGCCCCCCACAGCGUGAACCAUGUGUGGGAAGGCCGAACCUUGACCUGACUCUUCUACCCGUGUGAGAUGGCAGAGAGGUCUGGACUCUGGAUCACAGACUGAGUCACCUACGGGUGGGUUGUGCAUGGCUGGGACACAGUUCCAACCAAGGUUUCACCCGAGAUGUUUUCAAGUAUCCUGGCAAUUCUUUAUUCUCAAAGCUUCCUGACCAGAAUGUACUCGCUCAGAGGAGCUUGCUUUUGAAACUCAGCAGCCUUCUUCACAGGAGGAGUUAACUUGCUUGGAUUUCCUUUUGCCAGAACUGACACAUACUGUAACAUACUGGGCCAUUUUCACAGUCCUGUCCCGUGGACCAGAGACCUGACUGGAAUUUCAGGAAACAUAGUUUCAAGUUCCAUUUCUUGGUGGAAAUAAAAGCCAGAGAAAGAAAGGGGGAGAAGGAUGAGAGGAAGGGAGAGAGAAUAAGAUGGCAUCUAUGGCCCAGGAGUCUCACUUUGGAGUCAAAAAUGAAGUCCCAAGUUGUCUAUUGGCCACAACACAAGAAGAACUGACCUAAAGCCCAAGCCCCACUCCUGUCCACAGUUGUUUCGGACUCUAAUGAUUUUAUAAAUAACUAGGCUAUUCCUUAAAAAAUGAGUUAGCUUCGCCCUCCUGGAGUAGACCUGAGCUGGGAUGGCCUGACCUGCUUUUCUUUUUUACCUUAUUUCAUUUUUAAAUUAGUACAUGUUUGUCAUAGACCUACUUUGGAAGCUGCAGGAAAUUGGCAGGAGCAAAAUGACUGCAAGAAAGACUUCAUCUCUUUUGCCCAUGUUAUUUUUGUCACUUCUGUGGUGUUCCUACUGCUAGCCUGAAAUUAGGACUUGCCUAAGCCUCCCGACUUUGAGAAUGUAUGAGCAUGGCGUAUUAAAGACAUUUUUACACAGGAGGCUGUCUGCUGGCCUGAUCGUGGUAUUUAAUAAUUAUGGAAUGCUAAAAGCCUCCAAAAUUCUCCCCUGCUGAGUGGCAGAAACAGCUUCUGAGAAGACUUAAUUCCUUGUGAAUUUCCCUCUAGUAGAGGUGACAACCCUGAGAUUGGUCAGUUCCAUGAUGGAUGAACCUCAACUGGUAGCUCCUGACCCUUGGAGUUCAUAGGGAACUCGCUGAUUGUCUCAUUUUGACAGCACGGAACGUCCUUGUGAAGCAUAGGUCUCUUUACAAUAUCUGUUUUCUUCUACUCCGUCCAACCCGAACAAUUCUCUUGUCCACUGUCACACUUUGGAUGAUGGCAAGCCUGAUGUCUCUGCAGCCUGUUUCACCAGGGAAGGUUCUAGGCCACUUAACGGGGGCUCAGAUGCCUUGUGUUCACAUGUGUGCACACAGACAGCUGACAGCCUCGGAGCAUGGGCGGCACCCCCCAGGACAACCAGCAUGGCAACAGGAAUAGGGGGCCUCGUGGCCUUGGCCCAACACUGCUGGUCAGAAACUAGCACUAGAGCAGCGAGGCUGGCUUUCAGAACACUCUGCAUCCACGGAUGAGAAAAGAGAGAGCAUGCUGCACUGGCCCAAGAGCUGGUCGGGAAAAGGGAGCACACAGGAGAUGAAUAGGGGCAUCUCUCCCCUCUCCCCCUCAGCACGGCCCAGGCAUUCAGCUUGCGUGGUCAAGAGGAAGCCAAGCCAGGGCAGCAGAAGGAAUGCUUCAAGAAUCACCACUGCUAAUCCUGCCAGAUUCUGAGCUCCAGGCUGCUUCCGGUUCUCUUUUGGCAGACAUCAGCCACCAUGGCAGGCAGCCAGUGCCACGGCGCAGGAAGUGCAGCCGCGUGAACUCGGUUCUCCCCGGCAAUGUACAUGGCAGGUGGAGAUGACAACAAGAAGACUCAGCCUGGGGAGGCCCACGGGGCACAGCUCUGCCUUCGCUAGUGUCUGCUUUGCCUGGCAUGAGCAGGGGCUUGUGAGCCUUUUGGCUUCCUAUCAUGUGGUAAACGCCUGUAUCUGUCGCUUUAAUAGACACACUAGGAUGGGUGGAGCUGACUGCUUAAUCCUAGUCCCUCGGAGUCCACAGCCAACAUCCCUUCACCCUCAGGGAACCCUCUGAGGCCUUCCUGACCCAUCUCGUGGGAAGGAUGGGGGGCCUGCAGCAUCCCUCUGUCCCCGUGGCUCGGAUGGGAGGCCACCGUGAUGAUGGUCUGUUCUGCAUUUGCGUAUUUAUUGUACCAAUGAUUGUAACGACACACACUGUAAGCAGGAGAAAUUAUAAGUAACAUGUUUUUCAUGUCAA